CGUGACCGAUGCACAAUGCAGCGUGCAACAGACCAACGCGGACAGCAAUGCAACCGCGCCGGCACCCUGGCGCGACGCUGCUCCUGCGUCACGUUCCCAAGGCGCCGGUUGCCUGGCGACGGCUUUGUUGACGAGGCGGCCUCUGCGGGCAGGAGGGCGAGAGGGAGGCACGGCAGCGGCCGCGGCAGCACCCGGCAGGAGGCGAUGGCCAAGCUCGUCCAGGCCCGGACCAAGUUCCUGCCUCAGGAGUGGAACUUCUCCAACAAGAGCCGUUACAACGAUGCGGAGGUCCAGCGGUCGCGGUCAGAGCGCCUGGUCUUGGAGAGCGAGAGGCUGGUGGACGAGAUCGAGAGCGCCACCAGGAAAACACAGCGGGACGUCAACAAGAAGCUCGAGCAGAGAAUCGAGGAGAUCAGCUACUGGGAAUCGGAGCUGAGCAGCAAGCUGGAGGAGCUGUCCAACGAGACCGAGCUGCUGCUGGCUCAGGGGACACGCCUGGAGAAAGCCCUGGACAGCUGCGCGGCCCCUCUCUGCAUCAUUCAGCAGUGUCUCCUGAACCGGGAAAAACGGGUGGGGAUCGACUUGGUCCAUGACGAGGUGGAACGGGAGCUGCUGAAGGAGGCCGAGGUUUUCCAGGGGAUCAUCGCCCUGCUGAGACGCACGGCAGAGCAGACCGAGGAACAGCUCAGGUUAAACCGAAUGGCUAAGUUUUACCUGGAGAAGGAUUUGCAAGACAAGGCCACUGCCCUGAAAGUGGACAAGUUCACUGCGAAUCUCACCAACAACUCCCCAAACAUCAACUACUGGUCCAAUGUCGUCAGGACCGAGGGAAACUCAGUCGCCCCUGAGGAGUGGCAGGAUUUCACUAACAGCAACAUCGUCAAUGCAGACAAGCAGAAAAAUAAUUCCAGCAGCAUGCGCGCCCUCAUCGACAGCAUCUUAUCAGAAACCACCGGCGACAUGCUGAAGCAGGUGGAGACUGGGAACCGAGCCUUUCGUCGCCGCAUUCAGGAAACAAAAGAUGCCAAAUCGAAACUGGAGAAACACCUCAGCAAGGUCAUGGGUGAGAUCUCUUCUCAGGAGAAGAACAUCGAGCUGCUGAGGAAGACCAUCAUGGACAAGGAGGGCCCCCUGCAGGUGGCCCAGACCCGCCUGGAAACCAGGACCAAAAGGCCCAACGUGGAGCUCGUGCGAGACCCGGCCCAGCACCGCCUCGUCAGUGAGGUGCAGGAGAUCACGAGCAAUGUGGAGCGGUUGCGGACGACGCUGGCACACGCGGAGGCUGAACUGCGGGGACUGCGUCGCAAUCAGUUGGCCCUGGAAGAAGAAAUUGAAGUCAAGAGUAACUCCCUUUACAUCGAUGAUGUUCAGUGCAUGAACCUCAGGAACUCCAUUUCCGUCAAUUAUUUCUAGAGCAGCGCCCCGCCCCGCCCCGCCCCGCGGAGAUA